GAGUGCUCUUUCAGCCCCUGAGCGAGGGGCAGAUACCAUGCUGACUCCGAGCUGGUACCUCAAGCGGAUGAACGAUGACAAGGUUCCUGAAGAGUUCCCUGAAGGAUUGCCGGAUGUUCCAGAGGAGCUCCUGGCAGCCUUGCAUGAAGCCCCAUCUGAGACAGAUUCUGAGACUGUGCCGGAGACCUUAGCUGUGGAAGAAAGUGACAGUGUGCCAGGCUCACAUGAAAAAAGAGAACCAAUAGAGGACACCAGGACACUUGCUGAGCCUGAGGAAUAUUCAGGGUCAUCCGGUGGGCAAAAAGCCCAGACUGCUGGACACCGUGACCCGAGCAAGUACUACAUCCUAGUAGGGACAGUAGCAGCCUCAGCUUUGCUUCUGCUUGGGGCAGUGUCUGGCUAUCUAGUCAUGCAUCAGCUGCUGAAGAGAGACAGGAGGAGCCAGGAGGACAAAGAGGCAACAGGACAGGACUGGGACUCUUCCUGGGAAAGCUGUGGUCAGCCUAGAGGUGAAGCAGAGUCAGGAGAAGGAGCGGGAAGCGGCGAGAGAGCCCAAGGCAACGGGUUCAGGGACAGCUGCCACCUGUUUCCUGAGCUCUUUGCAGCAGAGCUCGCCCAGCUGUACAAGAACAUGAGCGCAUACCCGUCACCUCUGCCCACCUGCUCCUUCUGUGCUCUGGCUGACAACGCCUCUUCACGGGACCACUGGAUUUCCCUGGAGUCACCUCAGCCCACAGCAUCCUCUUAGCCCUCCUACCAAUACCUGCAGGACUACUAUCUGUUAGAGGAUGAUGAUUAGUGAUAGUGAUAGCCAUAAAUAGUGAUAGCCAUAAAUAGUGAUAGUGGUAGUGAUUCUUUUAGUGAUAGUGAUAGGGACACUUGAUAUUAGAGGGUGGUGGUUGUUUUAAUGAUAGUGAUAGUUAAUAUUAGAGGAUAGUGAUGGUUUUAAUGAUAGCGUUAGUUAAUAUUAGGGGAUAGUGAUGGUUUUAAUGAUAGCGUUACUUGAUAUUAGAGGAGGGUGAUUGUAUUAGUGAUAGUGAUAGUCAUAAAUAGUGAUAGUGGUAGUGAUUCUUUUAGUGCUAGUGAUAGGGAUACUUGAUAUUAGAGGGUGGUGGUUGUUUUAAUGAUAGUGAUAGUUAAUAUUAGAGGAUAGUGAUUGUUUUAAUGAUAGCGUUCUUUGAUAUUAGAGGACAGUGAUUGUAUUAGCGAUAGUGAUUGUUAAUAUUGGAGGAUGGUGAUUGUUUUUGUGAUAGUGGUACAUUUAGUGAUAGUGAUACUUGGUAUUAGCAGACAAUGAUUGUUUUCUUGAUCUUGAUAAAUAAAUAUUUUUCCAAAAGCAGUAAGUUCUUGCCUGCUGCGGCUGUUUCUGUUGGGGCAGAACGCACAGAGCUGGGAGCAGGGCUGGGGCUGUGACAAGGAGCUCUGAGAAACUUGCACUGCAGUACAGGAGCUGCUUGUGCCACCUCAGCCUGCUUUCCCAGCAGUGGCCGUUCACAAAGCUUUCCUGCACCAGCACGGGGACACGCUGGCUAGCAGUGACAUGCAGAAACUUCUCUGGGAGCUCAUUUGGGAUGCUGCCCUGAAUCAGGAAGGUCUGGGCAGAGAGGGAAAGAUGUUCUGCCAGGGAUGGCUGUCCAGCAGUGAGCACAUCAAGGAGACCCGAGGUGGUGACUUAGGUCGUGGCAGUCCCUCCCUGAAGAGCUUCAAGAGAGGAGCAUCAAGGAGCAGAAGGCUGGAGCCGGGCUGUGUGAGAGGGGAAGGAAUGUCCUAUCAAUCACAGGAGCCUUCUUAAAAAUUAGAUGGAUAACAGUGAAUAUAAUUAUAAUAAAAAUUACAGUCUUGUCGCACGCAGUAUGGGAAAAAAGCCCAGAGCUGGAAUGCAACAGAGAACUUUUGUGGAGGAUUUUGUGAACAGCUAGCUAGUUGACAAAGGUCACACUGAUAUAAUAGCGUUAGUUAAGCAAGAAGGAGAUGAGGAUAGGAGUCAGCAGUCAAUGUCCAAACCUGGCAAGGGCACUGUGCCCUUGGUGCAACAUCAGGAUGGGGGAGAGGAUCGUUAGUUAGAAAU